AUGAAGAUAUUAACAUUGAGCCAUACAAUACACCGCCCAAAGUUUUUUUCUGACGAUUGGUUAAAGUGUGUUGAAUUCAAGGGAUGGUUACAAAAAGUUCCAAAUAAUGGUCAUAAAGCUCAUUGUACAGCCUGCAAGGUAUUGUUAAAUUCUGGAAAAAGUGACUUACUGAAACAUGUGGCUGGAAAAAAAAACAUAUAG